CUGUCCGGCCGGCUGUGGGCGCACCCGCUCCCGGCCCGGCCCGACCCGGCGCGGAGGCCGCCUGACCCCCGCGGGGCCCGACCGGGCGCUGCGAGCGGCGGCUCCAGGGCCGCCCGGCGCGAGCACCAGAGCCGCGCGCCCCGUCCCCCGUGGGUGCGGGACCGGCCGCGCCCCGGGCGCUCGGCACCCCGAGGAGCCCCGCCGAGCCCGCCGGGCCCGCGGCGGAGAUGCCGGAGGAGCUGACGGAGCCGGGGCGCGCCACGCCGGCCCGCGCCUCCUCCUUCCUCAUCGAGAACCUGCUGGCGGCCGAGGCCAAGGGCGCGGGGCGCGCGGCCCGGGGCGGCGGCGGCCGCGAGGACGGGGAGGACGAGGACGAGGACCCGGAGGACGAGGACGCGGAGCGGGCGCGGCGGCGGCGGCUCCAGCAGCGGCGGCAGCUGCGCACGGGCCCCGGGCAGGGCGGCGAGGCGCGGGCGCGGGCUCCGCUGGGGCCGGGCGCGCUGGGCCUCGGCCCCCGGCCGCCCCCCGGGCCCGGGCCGCCCUGCGCCCUGGGCUGCGGCGGCGGGACGCGCUGGUGCCCGCGGGCGCACGGCGGCUACGGAGGCGGCCCGAGUCCGGACACCAGCGACCGGGACUCGCCCGAGGCCGGCGAGGAGCCGGGCCGCGCGGAGGGCGCCUGGCCGCGGGGCCCCGGGCCGGGCGCGGUGUCGGGGCCGGCGGAACGGGCCCCGGCGGCCGGCGCGGAGGAGGCGGCGGAGGCCCGGGCGGCGGCGGAGGCCCCGGCGGCGGCCGGCGGCCGGAAGAAGAAGACGCGCACGGUCUUCUCGCGCAGCCAGGUCUUCCAGCUCGAGUCCACCUUCGACCUGAAGCGCUACCUGAGCAGCGCCGAGCGCGCCGGCCUGGCCGCGUCCCUGCAGCUCACCGAGACGCAGGUGAAGAUCUGGUUCCAGAACCGGCGCAACAAGUGGAAGCGGCAGCUGGCGGCCGAGCUGGAGGCGGCCAGCCUGUCCCCGCCCGGCGCGCAGCGGCUGGUGCGGGUGCCCGUGCUCUACCACGAGAGCCCGCCCGCCGCCGCCGCCGGGCCGCCCGCCGCGCUGCCCUUCCCGCUGGCGCCCGCCGCGCCCGCGCCGCCGCCGCUGCUCGGCUUCUCCGGGGCGCUGGCCUACCCGCUGGCCGCCUUCCCCGCCGCCGCCUCCGUGCCCUUCCUGCGGGCGCAGAUGCCCGGCCUGGUGUGAGCCCCUCCGCCGGGCCACUCCCCGCGCCGCCAGGAGCGCCGGGACGCCCCGCGGGGACCACGCCGGGGAGCCCGGGGCGCCCACAGCCCCUGGGGCUCCGGAGGGCAGGCCGGGGCGGGCUGUGCCCCACGCACCCCCAGAAGAUAACGGACGCGGCGGGCGCGGCGGAGCUGCGAGGCCGGAAGCCGUCGCCCGGGAAGGGGCUCAGCCUGGAGGUCCCUGCAGAAGCCGCGGGGAGCCCCCAGCACCGGCGC